UGGCAUUCGCGAGUUGCAGGGGCUGCGGGAGAGACGCACUCGCAGACGGAGGGCCCUCGCACAGGGUCGGCUCCAGUUCGAAUUAUUCCACGAAUUAUAUAUAUACAUUUAAUCGAAUUUAGUGGUUUUUUUUUUCGAGAGGGCUGUGAUUUACAGGGUAGAAGAGAGGAAUAUGGAGGUGGUUGAUAAAGGGGGCCCCCCGCCGCCCCCGAGUCCUCUUACAGGGUGUUAUCUGCUUAUCGUAGUCGGGGAACCGUACGAUGGCCGGCACAAGGACAUUAUCCUGCAAAGGAUCGUCAAAGGACUUCUAUCAUGGAACAGCAACGACUGCUUAGUAGACUUGGAAAAAGAGUUAGCCAUUAUCACCGAGCAAGCCUUGGAAGGAGAAGAAGCUAGAUUCGGAGAGCGACUGAUCCAAUUCGCCUCGGAGAACUUGGUCACGGAGAUCCUGAUCCAUCCGGCGGUGAGCACGCUGGCGCAAUGCGCGCGCAACCUGCUCAGCAGCUUCACCAGGCACAGGCACCUCGUGCACGCAGGCUACACCUUCGCAGGCAACGGUUCCUGGGCCUUGCAGGACGGCACGUUCUCGUACGCGGACUUCUCCGAGGCCUUCCAGGAGCUGGAGGUGCAGCGGGUGGUGAGAGCCUACGAAAACGGCAUCACCAUGGACGUGCACUGCGCCCCAGAGGGCGACUGGAUCAGGCUGGGCAAGGAGCCGUUCGCCAGGAGCUGCAAGAUCCGGGUCAACCCGUCGGACGUGCUCUCCUCCGGAUCGCCUGCGAUCGGAGCUUUCGUCCAGUACCUCUCCCAGUAUCUGGUUCCCACGGCUUUGGACAACCUGCUGGAGAGCUCCGACGUGGUGGGGAACAUCAGGUUCUCCAGGCCGACGUUGUACGUCUUUCCAGGCGGGCAAGGUGACACGGCUUUGUUCGGUAUAAACGGUUUCAACAUGCUCCUGGACGGCGGUUACUCAAGAAAGGCGUGCUUCUGGGACUUCGUGAGGCACCUGGAUAGGCUCGACGCCGUGCUGAUGACGAGACUGAACAACAGCAACGUAGGAGGCAUCAGUUCGGUGUUGAAGCGCAAGCGACAGGGCGCCUUGUACCCCCAGAUCGGCCACUUCUUCUGCAACCUGCAGGAGAGGAAGGCCCUUCUGAGUCCCGACGGCGACAAGGACAAGGACCCGUUGCUGAUCGAUCUGCUCGACGAAGGCCAGGAGAUCGUGUCCAACCUGCGCCACUUGCACCUCACGCCGCAGGUCUGCUACAGAGACACCGAACCGGUCAAUCUGUACCACAAAGUAGGCCACGGUACCUUAGACAUGUACGUCCUCAGUCCGGCCAAGGAGUCCAAGGAGGUGAAGGAGUUCCUGGUGAAGUGGAACCACCACGACCAGAAGCUGUUCGCCGGCUCCAAGUCCAACAGGGAGUUCAAUUUCCCCUUGCAGAACUUAAUCUCGGUGGCUGCGCUGCUGGUGUGGCGGCCCGCCGAUCCUGCUGAUACCAUCACCAGGAUCCUCUAUCCGGGCAGUUGUCCGCAGAGCAAGAUCCUCGAAGGCUUGGACCGAUUGAAGAACCUGGAGUUCGUGAAGCAGCCGGUGUGCACGGAGAAAUCCCUGGCUCCGGUGAAGAAGUCCCCCAUGGAGAAAUUGUCCAAAUUGCCGGGCGAGAAGAAGGAGAAUAAGCUGAUCGAGAACGAUCUGCCGCCUGUGAACGGUGACGUGAAGCCUAAGCUAGCCGAGAACGGAGACAAACCUAAACCGAAACCGCCCAAAGCUCAGAAACCUAGAGGAGACUCGCAGCCGAGGAAGAAACCGCAGCUGGUAGUCGAAAAGAAGUCGCCCACGCAGCCUAAGAAGCCUGCGGAGAACGGUGUGAAGCCUGCCAAGCAAUCGCCCGUUUCCACCCCGGCGAAGAGUGCCAAAGACGCAAACAAUAGAAAGGUAAUCGAGAACAAGGUGAAGAAGGAGAGCAAAGAAGUCAAGGCGCCUGCGAAGCCUGAGAAGAUCGAACGAAAGCCCAUUUCCAGGCGACCGCCGGCCAAAAAGGCUCCCAUCAGUCCGGCCAAAAAGGCCGUCAACGGCGUACAAAAACCCGACAGCAUAUCCAGAAAGGGCAAGCUGGACAAGGAAGGCACCACGGACUCCAGCACGGUCAGCACACCUUCCGCAGACCAAGACAGCGUACUGAAGAAAGACAUAUCGAAGCUCACCCCCGACGAAAUCCAGCAAUUUAAAGCCAAAGAACUGGCCGAACUCAAGGAAGAACAGGAAGCCAUCAAGGAAAUCGAAGCCGUCUUCAGAAAAGGCGAGGUCGCCAAGCCCGAAGACCAACACCUGCGUAAAGUCAAAGACGUUUCCAUCGAAGACAAGGAAGAAUACCUCAUCAUAGAAAAAGAAGAAAUCGAACAAACCUCCCUCGACGAGAACCAGAAGCUGGCCAAAGACAACGAGGAAUCUGAGAAGCCCAAGGAGGCGCCCGCCAAGUCCCAGGAGCUCGCCAGCAAACCAGCCAGCACCGAAGACAAGAAGGAAGAACCCGAAGAGAAAGCCGCCUCGGGCACCGCCAAAUCGGGCGACACCACCACGGCGCCCACUCUGCCCGAAGACGAGCGCAUCCCCUUGGACGAGAUCAAAGAGGACCAAGGCCCCGUGGAGGAGAAGCACGUCAAGGAGGACACCAAGGAGAAGGAACCGCCCGCCCAAUCGCCGCCCAAGACCUUCGCCAAGCUGCCGCCGCCGGUCGUAGGGAUCCGGCUGGACAAGCAGCAGCACAUCAGGGACUUGGUGAAGACGCCCGACGAGGUGGCCGAUCUGCCGGUGCACGAGGAAGUCGACUACGAGUACGCCGGGGAGCCCAAGGCGGAGACGCCCAAGUCCAACGAGGCCGAGAGGAGGCUGUCGGUCAUGCAGGAGGAGCUGAAGACUCUCACCGACACCGUGCUGAAGACCGAGCUGGACGAGAACGUGCCCAAGGCGGAGCUUCGCGAGGAAGACGCCAAGGAGGGGAGAAUUGGUGGCGAAGCUGGCGCGGUCGCGGUGGAAUCGAAGCUGGUGGAGCACACGAAGAUUGAAUCGGUUGCGGUUGUGGCGGAGGAAUCGGCGAAAGAGCAGCUGGUCGGUGCUGAAGGAGAUGUGGAGGAGUCCGAAGAGGAAGUUAAGCGGGAGGAAUCUAAACCUGUAGAGUCUACGAAACCGAGCCAAGAGCACGUGGUCCAAGAGUCAAUUUUAGUACAAGAACCUCCAAAGCCUAGCAAAGAGGAAUCUAAAGAGGUUGCAGAUACCAAAGAUUUGAACAAAACAGCAGCUUCGGAAGAAAUAGCUAUAGCGAGUAAAGAAGAAGAGGAAUUAUUUGAGGUUCCAUCCAAAGAAGAGCCUAAAACGUCCAAAACCGAGCUUACAGAACCAAGCCAUGAGGUAGUAGAACCGCCAAAAAUAGCUUCACAUUUAGUCCAAGAACCUCCAAAACCUAUCAAGGAAGAAUCUAAGGAAACAGUAGACACCAAAGAUGAUUUAACCAAUAUAACAGCUGAACCAAACGAAGAAGAAGAUGAAGAAAAUCUUCUUGCUACCAAAGAAGAACCACCCAAAGUUCCUGCCAAAGAAGAAUCGAAGGAAUUAGUAGAACCCAAAGAAGAUUUAACCAAAGUAACAGCCAAACCAAGCGAAGAAGAAGAAGAAAAUAAAGAAAAUCUUCUUGCUACCAAAGAAGAACCACCUAAAGUUCCUGCCAAAGAAGAAUCGAAGGAGUUAGUAGAACCCAAAGAAGAUUUAACCAAAGCAACAGCCAAACCAAGCCAGGAAAUAGAAGAAGAAAAAGAAGAAAAUCAUCUUGCUACCGAAAAAGAACCACCUAAAGUUCAAACCAAAGAAGACUCGAAGGUAACGCCAACCGCCAAAUCACCAUCGCCGACCAAAACCCUCCAGGAAGACGGCGAAGAGCUGCAGAAGCUCGACGACAAGCUCCAGCACCUUCGCGACCUCGCCCAGCCGUCCACCAAGCGCCCGUCUGCGCACCAAGACAUCGACAAAGUAGCAGACAUCCUCUCCGACGUCGACAAGCUCGAGCUGGGCCGCAAGUCGCCCAAAGAACGCGAACCAGACGUCAUGAAGAUCGUCGCCGGCGUCGCCGAGGUGCUCAAGUCCGAAGCCCCCUUGGAGGUGUUCGAGGCCAAAAUGCCUGCGGAGCUGCGCGAGACCCACAUCACCACCGUGGACUCCCCGCCGGCCAUCCAGAUGAAGAUCAUCCACACCGACAUCCCGCCCAUUCCCGAGGAGCCGCUCGGCGCCGUCGCCGCCUUCCUCGAGGAGGAGCGCCGGCUGGCCCGCCUGGAGGACGGGAAGCGCAGCGCCCUGCUGAAGGAGUCCCGGGAGCUGAUGAUGGCCACAUCGAAGAUGCUGUCGGAUAUGAAGAACGGCAAGGAGGAGACGCCGGAGCCGGAGCCGGUGCACAGGAUGCUGGUGACGGCUUCCAGCGAAGAUGGAGGCGAGGAGACGGAGAUCUGUCCGGCCGGCUCCAUCACCUUCUCGAAGAGCUCGGAGAGCUCCGGCAGGAGUUCGCCCGAUCCUUCGCAUAAAUCGCAGAAAUCUUCUAUAGUGGAGACCAUCUCGGAUUCUCUGUGCACUGUCAGGCAGUUGGAGGGAGUCCUGGAAGCUGGAGGUCCAGGAGAUGAAGGUCCAAAAGCUGGAGCACCAGAAGCUGAAGGUCCAAAAGCUGAAGGUCUAGAAGCAGCAAGUCCAAAAGCUGGAGCUCCAGAAGCUGAAGGUCCAAAAGCUGAAGGUCCAGAAGCAGCAAGUCCAAAAGCUGAAGGUCCAGAAGCUAGAGGCCCAGGAACAGCAAGUCCAGUAGCACCUGGAACUCCAGGCGACGAGAAACCUGGAUUGAUAGGAGGAAUCGAAGACACUAUAACUUCCUUAGAAGAAGCUAUCGAUUCCAAAGGUGUAAACAAAUCGAAGAAAGUUAUCGAAGAAACCUCCUAUUCUAUAUCAGCUAAGGUUCAGAAAAUCGAAGAUAAGCUACUCGAUGAAGAAGCACCAGCAGGUGUUCCAAAACCUUUGAAAAUAGAAGAUGGAAUAGAUAGAGAAGACUUGCCCGGGGCUCCAGAAAAGACUGAAACUUUAACCGAAGAAAUAGCAGAAACUGUUAGAGAAGAACUUGCUAAAGAUGAAGAAACUCAACAAAACGUAAUUGAAGAUUUAACCACUUUAAAAGAUACUAAAGACGCUACAAAAAUGAACAUAGAAGAACUUGUAAGUCAUCCAAAAGAAGAAAUUGAAGAUUCUGCAACAACAAUUGAAGAGAAGAAAUUAAAAGAAGAAGACUUGGAAAAUUUAAUCGUUGCCUCAAACGAAGUUACUCUUAAAGAUGAAGCAAAAGAAAAGAUAAAUGAUGAAGAAGAAAUAACGAUGGAAAAGGAUCAAAAAGAAGAAAAAGCUGAUCUUCAAGGUGCAAUUGCAAAAAUUGGAUCAACAUUAAGUGAUGCAGCAAAAGAGACGAAAGAUGAAACUAUCAAAAAUAUUAAUGAUCAUAUCGGUAAAAUUGGUGAUGCUUCAGAAUUAGUUAAAGAUGAUAUAGAAAUGAUGAAUGGAACAAUAACAAAUGAAUCAUUAUCUUUAAGUGAUGCAGGAAAAAAUCUGAAAGAUGAUAUGGCUAAAAACAUCGAAGAUGGCGUUGCAAAAAUUAGUGAUGCAAAAGAAAUUGUUGAUGAUGAAAUUAAGAAAGCUACAGAAAGUCUAAGAGAUGCAGCGGAAGAAACCAAAGAUGCUAUCAUUAGAGAUAUUAAAGAUAAUUUGGGUAAAAUUAGUGAUGAAAAAGAUGCAAUUAAAGAUGAUAUAGUUGAUGCAAAGGAAGCUGUUAAAGAUGAAAUAUCACACACAAAAGAAUCAAUAAUUAAAGAUGCAGGAAGUUUGAAAGAAACAGCUAAAGAUACCAAAGAUUCUAUUAUUAAAGAUAUUAAAGAAGACAUAGAUGAUGCAAAGGGAACUGUUAAAGAUGAAAUAUCAGCCUUAAAAGAAACCAUAAUUAAAGAUACAGGGAUUUUAGGAGAUGCAGCCAAAGAUACUAAAGAUUCUAUUAUUAAAGAUAUUAAAGAAGAUAUAGAUGAUGCAAGUGGAACUGUUAAAGAUGAAAUAUCAAACUUAAAAGAUUCUAUAAUUAAAGAUACAGGGGAUUUAAAAGAUGCGGCUAAAGAUACCAAGGAUUCUAUUAUUAAAGACUUUAAAGAUGAUAUAGUUGAUGCAAAAGGAAUUGUUAAAGAUGAAAUGUCAGAUUUAAAAGAUUCCAUUAUUAAAGAUACAGAAACUUUCAAAGAUGCAGCUAAGGAUACCAAAGAUUCUAUCAUUAAAGGAAUUAAAGAUAAUGUGGAUAAAAUUGAUGAUGCAAAGGAUACUAUUAAGGAUGAAAUAUCUGAUUUUAAAGAUUCUAUUACGAAAGGUUUCGCAAGUUUAAGUGAAACUGCUAAGGAAACCAAAGAAACAUUGAUUAAAGACAUUGAUGAUGGAGUUGGUAAAAUUAAUGAUGCAAAGGAAGAUGUUAAAGAUGAAAUAGCAGGUUUAAAAGAUUCAGUUGCGGAAAAAUCGGCUAGUUCAAUUGAAGCAGCAAAAGAAACCAAAGAUAACAUUAUCGAAGAUGUUAAAGAUGAAAUCGGAAAAAUUGAUGAUGCAAAAGAUGUUAUUAAAGAUGAAAUAGAAGAUUCAAUUAUUAAAGGUGCAGCGAGUUUAAAUGAUGCAGCUAAAGAAACCAAAGAUUCCAUUACAAAAUUUGUUAGUGAUGAAUUUGGCAAAAUCGAUGAUGCAAAGGAUGAAAUCGCCAAUUUAAAGGAUUCAACUACACAAGAUUUAUUCAGUUUAAAAGAUACAAUUACAAAGGAUUUUAAAGAUGAGAUCGAUAAACUUGGAGAUGCAAAGGACACCUUUAAAGAUGAAAUAGCAGGUUUUAAAGAUUCCAUUUUUAAAGAUACCCGGGAUUUAAGUGAUGCAGCAAAGGAAACCAAAGAUUCUAUUGUUAAAGACAUUAUGGAUGACGUGGAUAAAAUUGAUGAUGCAAAAGAUGCUGUCAAAAAUGAAAUUGUAGCCUUAAAAGAUUCUAUUAUUAAAGAUUCGGGGGAUUUACAAGAUGUAGCGAAAGAAACGAAAGACUCGAUUAUUAAAGAUUUCAAAGAUGAUGCAAAUAAAAUUGGGGAUGAAAUUAAAGAUAAAAUAGUAGACACAAAAAGUUCAAUUACUAAAGAAGCAGCGAGUGUAAGUGAUGCAGCUAAGGAAAUGAAAGACUCCAUUAUAAAAGUCGUUAGUGAUGAAACUGGCAAAAUUAAUGAUGCAAAGGAUAAUCUCAAAGAUGAAAUAGUCGGUUUAAAAGAAUCAAUUACAAAAGAAUCGGCUAAUUUGAAAGAUGAAGCGAAAGAAAUCGAAGAUACUCUAGUUAAGGACAUUAAUAAUGAUAUCAACAAAAUUGAUGAUGCAAAAGAUAUUAUUAAAGAUGAAAUAAUUGGACUAAAACAGACUGUUACAGAACUAUCAAGUAGUUUAAGUGAUGCAGCGAAGGAAACCAAGGAAAAAAUUAUCGAAGAUGUUAAAGAUAAUACCAAAAAAAUUGAUGAUGCAAAAGAUUCUAUUAAAGAUGAAAUAUCCGAUUUAAAACAUUCAAUUGCUGAAAAAUCAAGUAGUUUAAGUAAUGCAGCGAAUGAAACCAAGGAUAAAAUUCUAGAAGAUAUUAAAGAUGAUAUCAACAAAAUUGGUGAUGCAAAAUAUACUAUUAAAGAUGAAAUAAUCGGAUUGAAACAUUCAGUGACAGAACUAUCAAGUAGUUUAAGUGAUGCAGCGAAGGAAAGCAAGGAUAAAAUUCUGGGAGAUAUUAAAGAUGAUAUCAAAAAAAUUGAUGAUGCAAAAGAUACUAUUAAAGAUGAAAUAGCUGGUUUAAAAGACUCAAUCAAUAAAGAUACAGCGAAUUUAAGUGAUGCAGCAAAGGAAACCAAGGAUAAAAUUGUGGAAGGUGUUAAAGAUAAUGUCAACAAACUUGAUGAUGCAAAGGCUACUAUUAAAGAUGAACUUACAGACAUCAAAGAUUCCAUUGCCAAAUCUUCUACAGAUGAAUUCGAAGACGUAAAGACUUCAAUUGCAAUGGAUAAAGACAAAAUGAUUAAAGGUAUUAAAGACACAAAAGACGCUGUUUUUAAAGACAUUAAAGAUGCAAAAGACGCCGCUUUUAAAGACAUUAAAGAUGCAAAAGACGCUGCAUUUAAAGACAUCCAAGAUGCUAAAGAUGCUGCUUUUAAAGACAUUAAAGAUGCAAAAGACAAUGCCUCCAAAGACAUUAAGGAUGCAAAAGACAAUGCUUCUAAAGACAUUAAAGAAGCAGAAGAUAAUGCAUCUAAAGACAUUAAGGAUGCAAAAGACAAUGCUUCUAAAGACAUUAAAGAAGCAGAAGAUAAUGCUUCUAAAGACAUUAAAGAUGCAGAAGAUAAUGUUUUUAAAGACUUACAUGAUGCAGCAACCGACACUUUUACUAAUAUAUCCGAUGUAAAAGAUGAAAUAAAAGAUGGCGUAGGUAAAAUUAAAGAUGAAGCAACAGAAGCAGCUACAAAAAGUGUUAAAGACAUGCAAGAAAGUACCACAGAUUUUAAAGACAAUCUAAGCAAAGAUUUAGCAGACAUUAAAGAAGAAAUUACAAAAGACUUAAGCGAAUCAAUUUUCGGCGGCUUCAAAGGAAGAACUGAUGAAGACAUGAAAGAUGAUGAAAGCGGAUUAAAAAAAGGUGCCAAUGCAGCGAGAAAUGAUGAUAAAGAAACAACGAAAAUUGAAGCUUCUGAAGCAUCCAAAAACGAAGAUGCAAAAGAAGAAAUCGCAGUUGCAGCACUAGCAGGAAGAAAAUUAGAGGAGAAAGUAGACGAAAUAAAGAUCAAAGCGGACAUUGAUGAAAAAGAAACCAUAGAAGAUUCCAACAAGCGCAAAGAUGCUAAGAAAUCCGAAGAAAACGAAGAUAAAGAAGACACCAAAAGCAACGCCAAAGAAGAUCCAAAAGCGUCGCCGGACAAAAUCGAAACGCACAAAGAUGAACUGAAAGAGAAGACAGAUGAAGACAAGGAGAAGAAACAACACCAAGCGAACGAAGAUGCUUUGGAAGAACGAGCCGAAGAUCUGGAAGACACCUUCGAGAACGUCCGUCACAUGACCGAAUCGGUGGUGUUCGGCAAAUGCGAGAACAAACGGGCCGAGAACACGCUGAACGCCAGCACCAAGGACCUGGAGGAGACCUUCGAAGCCGUCGAAGCCUUCACCAAAGCGGUCACCUUCGACAAGUGCCGCGACGAGCCUGAGAAGGGCGACAAGGAGACCAUGGAGAAGGCCCCUACCGCCCCCAACGUCGCCGAAGACGUGGAAGACGAGGAGGAGGAAGAGGAGGAGGAGGAGUACAGCAUCACCUCGCAGGUGGCUCACUCCAGGGACUCAUCCCACGGCGAUUUCGACGCCCUGCUGCGCCACCAAGACCCCAUGAGCACCUCCUUCUACGGCGCCCUACCCGAUGAUGACCCCGUAGACGCCUGGGGGAAACCCCUCCAGCUCCCCCCGCCUAUAACUACUUCGGAGACUACCUGGGGAAGCCCUAAGAACGAGAUGAAACCACAAUCUUCUACUGAAACCAACGAGCCUGCGUUGGGAGCCUUAGAAUACACCUGGGGUAAACCCCUCCAGCUCCCACCGCCUGUCGCUGCUUCGGAGAUGACCUGGGGAAGCCCCAAGAACGAGAUUACACCUGGAUCUUCUACGGAAACCACCAAGCCAGCUUCGGGAGCCUUAGAAUACACCUGGGGCAAGCCCCUGGGGCUGCCCAGCCCGGCGCCGCCCAACGACGGCGGCACCCCCAAGAAGGACAAGAAGCUGCCGCCCGCGGUGACCGCCAAGAACAAGCUCAACGACGACAGGAAGCGCGCCGAGUCGCCUUCGAAGCACGCCAGGCCGCCCGUCGGAAGCCUGAGGAAGCCCGUCAGUCCGGUCUACGUCGAUCUGACGUACGUGCCGCACCACGGCAACGCCUACUACUCGUACGUGGAGUUCUUCAGGCGCGUGCGCGCCAGGUACUACGUCUUCUCGGGCAUCGAGCCCGGCAAGGACGUGUUCAACGCCCUGCUGGAGGCCAAGCAGACCUGGGAGGACAAGGAGCUCGAGGUGACUAUAAUUCCUACGUACGAUACGGACGUGCUAGGCUAUUGGGUGGCCGAGAACGAGGAGCUACUAACCAAAUGCAAGAUAGAUCUGUCGCCGUCGGCGUCGCGAUGCACCAUCAAUCUGCAGGACCACGAGACGUCGUGCAGCGCUUAUAGAUUAGAAUUCUAAGGCUUAGAACCAACCGCAGAACAAACCAAAAAAAAAAAAAACAACCAAAAAAACAAAACCACCCUGUCUAUCAUUUUUCCGGCAAUAACCGAUCUGUUAGAGAGAUUUCCGGGAUCCGGAACUGUCUGGGUCGAAUUUCUGGAUGAAUAUCUGGAUGGACUUGUGCAUCUGGAUGAAGUUAUACAUAGAUGUUUUAUGGAUAAAUCAGCCAAAUUUGGAUUCUUCCUCGAUUCGAAGUACCUCUUUCGCCAGUCUUCUGCGAACACUGUCUCCCCCCACGUGCCCCGCUCGCCCCCCUUACCCCCCCCCUCUCCCCCUCUUUUUCCGAAUAUUGUACACUGAGAAAAAAAACAACAAUAUGUUUGUAUAGCGAGAUUAGAGGUUGAAGAAUUUCUGUUUUUCUAGAUAUCCUUAUUAUGAAUGUUGUUCGGUUUUUGACAGAUUUUAAUUCGAUUUAAAUCAUCGGAAAAUGCGAUGACGUUAACGCGGUUUUCAAAGUUUAAACAAAAAAUAAAUUACGAAAAAUAAUUUAAUAAAUAAAUAAAUAAAUAUCGUCGAAUUUUACUUGUACGUGAAGGAGAAAAUGGGCAUAUUAGUUUUUAGAGUUGAAUUAAAACGAGAAAAAUUAAAUUAUAAAAUUAAUGAAUUUAUUAUAAAUUUAAUUAUAUAGCUGUUGAAAUCUCGGCUAGAUAUUUACCGGGAAAUAAUCGAUCGAUUUAGCAUUAACGCGUAGACAAUCUAGUUUUACAAUCGAUUAUAAACGAAUCGAUUAUUCGAAUAAAAUCCUCGCUGAGACAUCAGAAUUUCUCUAACCGACAAAAACGAACCGAAGCCUGACCUGUUCCGGUGCAGCGCAGGCCCGUACCCAGCCCAAAAGUACGCCCGAUCCAAAUUCCAACAAUUAUCAUACAGGUUGUCGCAUUAAAAAUGGAUCUUUUGGGACGAUUUGGGCUGGUACCGGCUCUGUGUGUGAUAGGGCAGGUCCGCACUCGGCCCGUUUUGAUCCGUUGGUGCUAAAUUUGAUGCGUAAAUUAUUUCCUAGUCGCUUUACGUGUUAAAUAAACCCGUUUAUGAUAUAAAUAUUAUCACAUGUGAUACGGUUAUUGUACGAUUUAGUUUUUAUUUGAGUUUUUUUUUUUCGAAACGAGAGAUUCGUAUGAUGUUUAAUGUACUUACAGGGCCGUCGAUUUUACCGAUUUUAUUUCGUUUUAUUAUUUAUUAUUUAACGAGCGAUUAUUUGAAACGUUGUAUUUCGCAUUUAUUUUGUAUCGAAUACGCUUUUUCGUUUUGUUUUUUUUUUUUUUAAUUAUUUAUUAUUAGUUUAAGGUUUUUCGAAAGGCCUAUAAGAGUAACGAGAAGCUCGAAAUUUAUCGAAAUAAACGAAUAUUUCGAAUGGUUAUUACGUUGGAAAUGUUUCCAGUACGGUCCUGCGCUUCGCAGGACAGGAUUGCACUCAGUCAAAUUUAUUUAUUUUUUUGAAAUUUCGUAGCUAAAUACAGCCUAAGAGUCCGGUUAAUAAAUUCGCCUAAUUGGGCUCAGUACGACUCUGUAUUUUGAAGUAAUACAGGGUUAUAUAGAAAUAGUCGAAUUGGGCUUAGUACGACACUUGUUUUUAAAUAACAGGAUGGUAUUUAGCUAGAAUGUUUUCAACAAGUAAUACUAUUUCAAACAUUUUGAAAUACAGGGGUUAUAUUUAUUUGCAUUAUUGCGAGUGAAAUAGUCGAAUUGAUCUAAGUACGGCCCUGUUUUUAAAAACAACAGGGUCGUAUUCAGCUGGAAUGUUUAGAAUCGUUACUAUUUCAAACAUUUUGAACUACAGAGUUGUAUUUAGCUGCAUUAUUGCGCGUGAAAUAGUCGAAUUGGGCUUAAUACGGUGCUGUUUUUUAAAGAACAGGGAGGUAUUCAGCUGGAAUGUGUUCAGUAAUCGAUACUACUGCUAAUAUUUUGAAGUACAGGGUUGUAUUUAGCUGCAUUAUUGCGAGUGAAUUAGUCGAAUUGGGCUUAGUGUGGUCCUGUUUUGUGUAGUACAGGGUCGUUGUCGGCGAAAAUGCGUUUAUUUCGAAUAAAUAAUCGAUUUUCAGAAGGCUGAUUAGCUGAUAGGCGUUUGUAUGAGUUUUAAUUACAUUUAAUAAUCACCUUUUUAGGGGCCACGAAUUAAUUAAAAACGCUGACUCGAUGUGGAUGUAUAGAGAUGUAACAAAAGAGAGCUUUUUCCGUACUGAAAGUACGCUAAAAAAUUUACCGAAAAUAAAUUAAAAUGAAAAAAAAUGAAAACGUUGUUGACUAUAUAUGUAAGAUUGGUGCUAUGAGAGAAUUGCCUUCGCAAAGGAAUUUUUUGAUAUUCAUUUCGGAACCAUCAGGCGUAUAGAAAUUCGAAUUGUACUCAAUGAAAAAUCGAUUAGUUAUCGAUUAUAUCGAAACGAGAAAAGUCGAACGAGCGCGAAAUGUAUCCGGGGAAAUCCCGAAUAAGAAAUUUUCUUCGAAAUUUUCCCCGGGGACAAUUCGAGGCGCGUUCGAAUAAGCGAAAUUGUCACUUUUAUCGUUAUUUUUUUUUUGGAAAUAUAAUGAAGAAGAAGAUGAAGUAUAAAAAAGAAGAAGAAAUUACCAAAAUUACCCGUUUUUUAAUAAUGUUUACGUGCAGUUCGAUUCGUAACGUAUUUAAAAAUAUAGCUUCUCUAGUCAAGAAAAUUCUGAUAUCUUUUAGCUUAUGAAAAAUGAUAAAAAAAAAUAAAAAUGUAAUACAUAUUAUUCAAAAUGCAAUUUAAUGUAUGGGAUAUGUAUGAGAAUAUGAAUAAAAAAAA